AUGCGUUUCCCGGAGAAAUCUGUGCGGGAAGUGCUGAGUGUUGUGAGUGAGGACACUGAAAUAUCUCCCCGUACCGUGGGGAAAUUGAAGGCGGAGCGUCUGCGUGGGCCUUUGGUGUCACCGAAAAAACGAGCUCGCGAGGUGAAGAUUUCGAGCUCGCGAACCGUCAAACAUUACAGCUUGACAAUCCAUGCCAUCCGUCUGAAAGUGCACAGCAUGUAUGCCAAGAGGGAGAUCCCAACACUGGACAGUGUGAUAAGGGCUGUCAACGAAGACGACGACUUGCCGAACUUCACGAAAACCACCUUGUGGAGGCUAAUGAAGGACAUCGGCUUCACCUUUGCUAAGAGAAAACGGAAUCUUGCGCUAAUAGAGCGCAGUGACAUCAUUGCCUGGCGUCGCAGGUACUUGCGGUCGAUCAAGAAAUUCCGAGGGCAGGGCAGGUGCAUCAUCUACUUGGAUGAAACAUGGGUCAACGCAGGGCACACGAAGGAGUACGUUUGGCAGGACACGACUGUGAAGUCAUCGCAAGAUGCCUUCCUCAAAGGUCUGACGACAGGAUUGGCUGCACCCUCGGGCAAAGGGGCCCGUUUGAUCCUCAUACAUGCUGGCAGCAGUGCAACUGGUUUCAUCGAAGGAGCUGCUGACUACUUCCGAGCAAAAAAGGGGGGCAGCGCUGACUACCACUCUGAGAUGGAUGGCAGAUACUUUGAGGAGUGGUUUACCGACAAGCUUUUGCCAAACAUUCCGCCUAAUAGCGUUAUUGUCAUGGACAAUGCGCCAUACCACAGCGUAGCUCUUGAAAAAGCACCUACCAAGUCGACGCGCAAAGCUGAUUUUCAGCUUUGGCUCACAAAGAAAGGUGUUCCGUGGUCAGAGGACAUGGUGAGAGCUGAACUGCUGGAACUUUCCCAAAAGGUCAACACACCCAGUAUUGUGUACCGCAUCGACACUCUGGCGGCUACCCACGGCCAUGAAGUGCUUCGUGUACCACCAUACCACUGCAAGUUCAACCCAAUCGAGCUUGUUUGGAGCCAGGUAAAAGGGUACAUCGCAGCACGGAAUACGGGUUUCACUUUGGCUGAAGUAGAAAAGCUUCUGCCAGAAGCACUGGCAUCUGUAAAACAGGAAAAGUGGCAAAAUUGCUGCGCUCAUGUAGAGCAAGUUGAAGCUGAAGCAUGGGAACAGGACAUGAUUGUGGGUAGUGAAAUCGAACCACUUGUGUUCUGCAUUUGUGAUUCGUGCAACUCCUUCUCCGAUGAGUCGGGUGCUCAGUUCAGUGAUGACGAGUUGAGUGACAUUGAAGAACUUUGCUGA